AUGAUUGGGAAAAAAAAUCAUCGUGUUUUUCUUGAAAAAGUUUUUCUUACUAGAGAUAUUCGAUCAGUGAAUACAUCAAAUGAUCGAACAAAAAUUGCUUCAAAAGCAUUAAAACCAUUUUCAACUUAUAAAACAACUCUUCUCUUUUUUGGUCUUGUCAAUGCAUUUAUUGUUCAUAUGUUAAAUUCGGAUUAUUUAAUGCAUUAG